AUGCCCACCACAAUCCCGCAAUUCCUCCUCCCGCGCGGGGCGCCCUCCCCGCGCACGCUGCAAGCGCUCACCCGUCGCACAACCCCACGAAUCGCACUCCGCCGCGGCACCCCGUCCAGCCGCUGCGCUUCGUCGAAGGCUCCCUCGUCUGAAAAACCACGCGUGCUAGCACAGCCAGACAAGUUCCGCCCCCCAUCCCAUCCAGCCCGCCGCGUCGUCCAAACCCGCAAUGGCCGCGUCGUCUCCAGCAACCCCGUCAACUACCCGGGGCCGCGCCUCUCCGAGAAGGAAAAGGAAGAGCAGAAACAUCGCCAGUAUCCGAACAUGUUCCCGCCCGAGGGCACGGUGAUGUACAAGUUUUUGACGAGUCGGUGGAUUCACAUCUGGAUUGCCAUGGGCGUCCUCACCUCCCUGGCAACCUUCACCUUCACGACCAACUUCAGGGCGACCUCGCCGUUUGCGCAUCUGCUGCCGCCGUGGUCGGCGCUGCUGACGCAUCCGGUCGCGACGGUGUCGCAGGCGCUGUCGGUGUUCCGCAUGCAUGUCGAGCAUACGUCGUUGGAGACGCGGGAGAAGCGCCAGCGGCGCGUGGAGGAUGCGGAGAAGAGGCGUCAGUUCCGCGUGGCGCAUGGAUUGGAGGAGCCGGCGGAGGAGAAUGCGGUGGAGGCUCCUGCGGAGGCGCAGGUGGAUGAGCAGUCGCCUGUUGCGGCCGAGUUCCAGGGCUCCGGCUCCGGCUCCGCGGAGGAGUAUGUUGAUUGGGAGGGGAAGAAGCGGCCGGUGAAGAAGUGGUUGGGGAUUUGGUGA